AUGUCAAAUCAACAAUGGGAUAUGUUUGAACCAAGUGUUUUUGGUUUAUCAGAUGCUGAAGCAGGCAGCGUUGAUCCAUGUCAUCGAUUACUUAUGUUAAAAUUUGUUUAUUUACUUGAUGAUGCUGAAUAUAGUGUUGACAAAAUCAAUGGCACAAAAACAUCAGUACAUAUUGGACAAUUUCCAACAGAUCAUGUAAUUGUAACAACUCGUAUGAAACCUGAACAUCGAUCAAGAUUUUACGGACCUAAUAGUUUAUUAUAUCAUUUUAAUUUACAUGAUCCAAAUGUAUCAUUAGAUGUUACUUGUUCGUUAUCUUUAGAAGCUUCACAUAUGGCUGUACAAUAUCUUCGUAGAAAUGAAGUUGAUAUGGCUGUAUGUGGUGUCGAUCAUUUAGAGCCGAUGCUAAUCGUUAUGAUGAAGGUAAAGAAUUCAAUUGCUGCUGGACAAGAACGUUUAUUAGCAAAUAUUUAUUCAGGAAAUAAUUUUGAUACUCGAAAAAUCUUAUUUGUUGAAGCACAUGGUACAGGUACACCAGUUGGUGAUCCAACUGAAGCAAAUUGUUCAAUUAAAAGUAAUUUAGGGCAUACUGAAGGUGCAGCCGAUGUUAUAUCACUUAUUAAAGUUGCUAUGUGUAUGUAUCAUCGUGGUAUUACAGCAAAUAUGCAAUUUACUUCACUUAAUCCAAAAAUAGAUGCAUAA